GUGCUUUAAAGAUAUGAUGGAAUAAGAUCCUGACUUGGGAGUUAGCUGCUAUUGCUAUAAUUUAAGACUUCCAUCUGGAAGACUCUCAGAGACAACUGAUCCACAGAGAGAGUGAGAAGUCCAAUCAGCAAAGUCUGGAGUAAGGAGUAAAAAACUGACAGCGAGGAGAGAAUAACAAGGAGAAUGUCUGGACAGAAUUUAUUAAACAGUGUGUUCUCCUGCUCAUCACCAACAGCCCCCAAAGUGCUUUCUAAACACAAGCUCAGGCAGACUCGCAGCCUGGACCCAGCCAUCAUUCGCAACUAUGGCAGCGAUCUAGCAGAACAUCCACUGGGGGAAUAUGAAGAGCACAUCGCCGGCUGCAGCAGCCAGGGAAACAGGUGGCUAGAGGCUGAUAGCUCGGGGGGCUCUAUCCUGCCCCCAGGAGAAUCCCCAGCCAUGUCUAAAUCCAUGCGGCUCAAGCCGAGACCCGUGCCUCUAGGCUCAUUCUCUACCCCAUCAACGCCCCUGGAAAAAUCCCCCUCCACCAGCUUCAUCUUUGACUACGAUGUUAGGGGGAUCAAGAGGAAUACUGCCUGGGACCUGCCCUUCCUGGCUCGCAGCCCUCUGGCUCUCACCCCCAGCAGCAGCACCAACAGCAUCUUCUCCCCCAGGAAGUGGCUGCAGCAGAAGAAGGUCCAGCCCCAAAGCAGCCAGUCCUAUAUUGUGUGGAAGUCAGAGGGUGAUUAUACAUGGAACAGUAUGUCUGGUCGCAGUGUUCGUCUGAAAUCUGUUCCAAUACAAAGCCUUUCUGAACUGGAGCGGGCAAGACUACAGGAAGUAGCAUUUGGUCGCCUGCAGCAAGAUUAUGACUUGAGCUGUCAGAUCACUAUUCCCAAAGAUGGACAGAAGAGAAAAAAGUCUUUAAGGAAGAAACUGGACUCUUUAGGGAAGGAGAAAAAUAAGGACAAAGAAUUUUUACCACAGGCAUUUGGUAUGCCAUUAUCACAAGUAAUUGCCAACGACAGGGUGCACAAGUUAAAGCAAGAUUCUCAAAAAGAAGAACAGAAAGAAGUCUCCGAUUUUGUAGCAUCUAUUCUGCCAUUUGGAACAAAGAGACAGAAUAGAGAACUAUCUAGUAGUAAUUCAUCUCUAAGCUCCACUUCAGAAACACCAAAUGAAUCCACAUCUCCUAACACACCAGAAGCUGCACCUCGGGCAAGGAGGAGGGGUGCAAUGUCUGUGGACUCUAUUACGGACCUUGAUGACAGCCAGUCUCGACUCUUAGAAGCUCUACAGCUGUCAUUGCCAGCAGAAACUCAAAAUAAAAAGGAAAAAGAAAGGGACAAAAAGCUUAGCCUGAAUCCUAUAUACAGACAAGUUCCCAGGCUUGUGGACAGCUGUUGUCUACAUUUAGAAAAAAAUGGUCUGCAGACAGUAGGGAUCUUCAGGGUUGGAAGCUCCAAAAAGAGAGUGCGACAGUUACGGGAAGAAUUUGACCGGGGUGUUGAUGUUAUGUUAGAUGAAGAGCAUAGUGUCCAUGAUGUUGCAGCCUUACUAAAAGAGUUCCUUAGAGAUAUGCCUGAUCCACUCCUCACCAGAGAACUCUAUACUGCUUUCAUCAACACAAUCAUGAUAGAGACAGACGAACAACUGUGUAUAUUACAGCUACUCAUUUACCUGCUACCUCCCUGCAACUGUGACACUCUGCACAGACUGCUACAAUUUCUGUCUACAGUGGCCAGCCAUGCAGAUGAUACAUUUGAAAAAGAUGGACAAGAAAUUACUGGGAACAAAAUGACAUCAUUAAAUCUGGCUACAAUAUUUGGGCCUAACUUGUUGCACAAGCAGAAGUCGUCAGACAAGGAAUUCAUGGUUCAGAGCACUGCCCGGGCUGAAGAAAGUACAAUUAUUAUUAGUGUUGUGCAGAAAAUGAUAGAAAACUAUGAAAACCUUUUUAUGGUCCCACCAGAUCUGCAAAAUGAAGUACUGAUUAGCCUUUUAGAGACAGACCCAGAUGUAGUGGACUAUUUAUUGAGAAGAAAAGCUUCCCAGUCAUCGAGUCCGGAGUUGUUAAGAUCGGAACGUUCUUUCUCCAUUGAAGGAAGACACUCAUCUACAGACUCAAACAAAGCUUCCAGUGGCGAUGUUUCUCCAUAUGAUAAUAACUCACCAGUUUUAUCUGAGCGAUCUGCUAUUUCAAGGCAAGAAGACUUGGCAAAUGCAGAGAGACAGUUUAGAGCUCCUGAACAUCAUACAAUAGUUGGUCAAUUACUUUCAAAAACAAGAGAACAUGCUUCAGCACAAUGGUGUACAAAAGCAGAUGUUCCAGAGGAUACUAUCCACAUAUGGGGUACCUGGCAUUCAACAUUGAAGUCCACAUCCAAAGAACAAGUAACGGCAGAUACAGGUUCUUAUGGCAACAUAUAUGAAAGUACCAACUUACAACAAGGACAACACUCUCUUUCCCAAGGCAUGUUGGGACAGAAUUGGUCAUCCUGCAAGAACUCACCAACAGAAUUAGACAACGGGAAGUCAAAUAUACGAAGGACACAUACUUCUACUGCUGUUCCUGAAUUUCGGUCUCACAUUCCAGUCUCACGUUUUUGCAGCACUCCAACAGAGAUGGGCAAACGAAGCCUGGAUCCCUUCACGAAAUGUGAGUCCCACUUCACCUCAGGCAGCGUAGAAGAUAUUACUAAGGAAGAGACCUUGUUGCCCUGUGUUCAUAGUAAACUUGCACCUUUAAGACAUUCAGAUAUUAGUAAAAAUGAUGCAAGGCUUCCACCACCCUACCCUGGCUCAACAAAGCAAGGUUCAACUCAAACUCAUCGAUCACCACCAGUAUUUUCAGCGGAUCAGGCCCUAUGGAAGUUGCCACGGCCAGAGACAGCUGAUGGAACAUCAGUGGUAAGGACUGCAUCCACUGAACAGUCUGUUCAAAAUAGACAGACUUCAUUGAAAAGUCCAAGCAACAGUACUAACAACUUAGCUGAACAAGACUGGCAGGAAUGGCAAAGGGAAAGGUGUCAAAUUUGGAAGCUCUUAUCUGCAGAUAAUCCUGACACUCUUCCAGAAACAUUAGUAUGAUAGAUAAGAUAUAGACAGAAUAAGAUGGGCACACGCUCUGAAGUGUGCUUAUGGACUAAAAGUACAGAAGAAAAAUACAAACUUGCUGAAAAUUUUGAACUUUUUUAUUUUUUUUUUACACAUUUUUAAAUUUGAUUUUAAAAAUUGCAAUGGUUGUGGAACCUUUUUUCUUGCAGUCAUGCGCAUAUAUCACUGCCAAUUAACUAUUUUGUCUAUAUAACUUCAGUCUGGGACCUUGCCAUUAAAUAUUCAGUCAUGUAUGAUAAGGAAAAAAGCCAAAUAUACAGUUCAUUGGCUGCUUCAUGGAAUCUGUACACAUACAUUCCCUAUGAUUGUAUCUUCUACAGUGGUUUAGUAUAUGAAACUUUAAUGGCACAUACAGAAAAUAAAUGAAACAAUCAAAAUAGCUUUUUAUCUUCACUGCACUUUGCCAUGAUAAUCGUUAAAAUGUUGUAAAAUAUGCACAAGCUGGUUUAUGUGCCUUGAAACAUUUUUAUUUUUGGAAAGGAGUUUGAAAAAUCCUUUUUAUGUUGCUUUGCAAAGACAAAAAAAAAUGCUAAACAAAAUGUGGUUAACAUUGCAUUCUGAAAAAAAUGUAUUCCUUUGUGAAUCUUUGUCUAGGAGAAAGGAUACAUAUUUUAUGUACUUUUAAUUGUUGUGAUUACAGAAGAAUUUAUUGAGCAUAACAGGUUUUAGAUCAAGCUGAGCUGGCUACAUCUAAACAGCUUGGACAGUCCCUUUACUCUAUUUAGUUAUUUCAGUGCUGCAUUUAUCAACUUGAAAUGCAUGUAUGGUCUAUGCAACACUCGUAAUUAAGGAAAAUGAGACAUAAGUGAAGCUGGACAGACAACUAGAGCAUGGUAUUAGAAUGGCUUGAUGAACAUGACACCCAGUUUCAUCUAUAUUUGCCCAAGUUACCUGUGUGCUGCCAAUUCUACCAUUGUCUUCCCCCACUGUUUAUUUUAAUAUUUAAUUCUCUUGAAGGGGCAUAAUGGUAGAAUUUACCCGUAAGGUUAUCUUGGAUGUAGAGCCAGCCCUAGUUAAGGUAUUGUAUACAUUAUAUGUAUUUAACAUUUAUAAAAUUACACAUGUAUAUUUAUCCCUUAUUGUUUCCAAUCAAUAAACUGGGACUACAGUAAAAUAUAAGGUAAAAUAUACAUUUAAUUUUAAAUUUGUAUCUCCCACAAAAAAGAAAAGAUAAAAAAAAAAGAAAAGAUCUUAUGUUGAAAUAUAUACAAUAAUUGGAAUAUAACUACAUUUGAAAAAUUUUGGUAUAAAUGACUCACAUAUUCAAGUAAAAAAAUUACCAAAAAUACAGUUUAAAAUAAAACAUUCAAACUGUGCCAAAGAUUUGAGAAAGUCGAUUGUAUUGGAAGUAUGUGAGAUGGUCAACUUAUUAGUUGAAACAUGCGUGUUUUUUAUAAAUGUAAUUGUAGGUCAGUAUUUUCAAGAAUGUGGCUGGGUGUUUUUUUUAUACAUGUUAGUGUUACCAACAGGACAAUUGCAAUAUUGUAGUGGUUUUAUAUCUGUAAAUGUAUAUUUUAUCUGGAUAUUUAAUAAAAAGAGGAGCAUACUUAUUUUAUGGCAUUGCUUAGAUGUGGUAGGUACCACGACUAAAGAAGCUUGGCGCAUUAUACCCAAUGUAUCUUUCGUGGUUAGGCUAUUGUAUAAGGUGUUUGCAUGCAGAAUAUUUAAAAUCUGCAAUAAAUGCCAACAAAUGUAAUAUAUAAAUAUGUUUAUAAUGUCUUGCUUAUGUACAUAUAUAAAUACAUAUGUUUCAUAUAGUACAGUGUUAUGCAGGUACUUAAUCAUAGGUUACACUAAUUAUUCAAAAACUGACCAAUUUCAAUAGAAAGGGAUUCUGAUUUGGCACAUUUGUGAACUGUCUAUCUGGUUAUUUUAUGAUGACGUGACCCAGGACAUCUAAAUGUUACAAUUUCAAAUCUAAUUAUUUCUUUUUUUUAAAUCAGGGAUUUAAAACCAAAUAUUGAGACCUAAGAGCACUGAGUUACUAUAAGUAAAUGAUAAAGAUGAUUGUACUGUAUAUUGACUAACAUUCCGUGAUAACAGGUAUUAAAAGCAAAAUCUUCUUGCAAGAACCUUACAGUUCACCACAACUGCAUUGAGUAUGUUCUAAGAAUCUUAGGAAGGGUAUGUUCAAAAUGAUAGUGUAACAUUGCUUAGAUGGGGACUGUAAACCAGUAAGAAACAGUAUCUGGGAUUUUACAGCCUGUAAAAUAUAAAUAAUAUAAUGCAAUGCCCAUGUUCUUUUUGUCAGAGGAAGCUAUGGGCUGUCCAAAUAUUCAACAGAGCUGCUAGAUUGAUACUCUUUUCUCUCCUAUUGCAUUCAUCCUCCAUAUUGCAUUACAGAACCUUGAGAGAAAUGAUAUUCGCUAAACAGUGGGUCGUGUUAAGGUGACAGGUUGGAAAUUAUAGGUAAACAUUGCUGUACUAGAGAUUUGUUCAACUCUGCUGUUUUAAUUUCAACCCACAAAUGUUGUGAAUUUCUUUCUUAAGAGAUCUCGGUUUACAAGGAAAUAUUGCAGUCUGAGAUCUGGCCCUCAAAGGCAUAACACAGCAUGAGAAGCAAAAAAUAUGUCACAGAAUAACAUUUUACAGCAGAAUAGUUCAUGUUGGAUAACAUUUAUUGUGCCCCUGUAUCUGUGACUACUAACAUUUGUUACUGUUGAGAGUCAUAUAUAAAAAUGGUUUAAUGAAAAAGUAGGAUGUUUGCAAUAUAAAUACCAAAUAGAUUCAAAUGUUUCCCAUGUUUUAACUACCUUUUAUUCUUAUACUACCCUGCCAUCCAUGUGAAACAGUUGCAACUAUGCUACAUUUUGUUCCAAUGUAUAAAGCCAGUAAGUUUUACAGCUAUAUCCAAAUUAUACAGGGAAAACGGCAAACAUAUGACCAAAUGAAUUAUGAUUUGUUUUAGACGCUUCAUUCUUUAUACAUAAUUCCCACAGUAUGCAAGAGCAGAAUGACUAUCCUUGGUUUAUGUGCCAGUGUACUUACUAUCCAUUCCAAUAAACCAUGUUGGCUACAUUAUGUUGCACAUUACACAUGUUCUCUCUGAUUAUCCAUGGACAUUUUAUGAAGACUCUGAAAUGUUAGUGCUAGAAGUAAAUCCUGUAUAUAUAUAACACCAAGAGUCUGCAAGACUUGGAACUGCUGUUUAGUGGAUGAGUGAGUGUGCUGGAUCUUGUAUGACACACACACACACACACACACACACUGAUAGAAAGAUAGUAAUAAAUAUCACGGCAAAACUAAAUAAAUAUAUACGGUGAAAUGUAGCCAUACACCCAUCAUAAUGUAUGGGCUCAUAGCCUAAAAGGUUUAUUGAAUUCUAUAAUUUUAUUAAUAGGAUCUGGCUUUCCUACAUAUGUAUUUAAAAUAUACAUACACCAUCUUAUAAAAAGGAUUGGAGAGCAGUUACAACAUAACAUAUUAAAAGGAUUCAAACCUGAGCAAACCAUUAUAUUAUUUCCAACCAAUAAACUGGAACUACAGUAUCCAAAUCAAAACAUCCCACACUUAAAUUCUAAUUUUAUACCAUAUUUAUGCAAUCCUCUCUCUGUCACCAGAAGUUUUGUCACGUAUACAAACUGGCAAGUUCUUAUUCUUAAAGGCACUCUUCUAUUUUCACAGUUUGCAUGCACAAGACUGUGUAAUUAGAAACAUGAAUGCUUUAGUGCAUGCCAGCAAAAAUACUAUUUGGGCUAUUCACUAAGCUGCAACUUGUGGAGAAUUGCCAAGGGAAUAGAAAUAGUAU